AUGUCCUCAGUUGCUCAGCCCUGGCUUAUUUCCAAAUUCUUCGACCCCAUAUUUGCAAUAUGUGUGGGAACCACAGCCGCCGCAAUCCGUAUCCGACGAGAGCAGCUCGCAAAAUAUCCAGACCAGGAUAAUGACUUCGCUAGUCUGUGGAAGAAGGCACAAAACAUGGGAAAGGGCUACAUUACCACAUAUCGAGAUGGCAAGGAUUGA